GGCUGUAGGAAAGCAGAGCGGAGCCGGGGCUGCCCCGGUGGAGCCGGCGCCCCAGCCAGCGCAGACCCGGAGGUGCACGGGCCCCGCACCGCACGGUUCGGCGCGGGCCAGAGCGGAGCCGCAGCCCCACGCGCCUCCCGGGACCCACUCGCCACCGCCGCCUCCGCAGCACCCAUGGGGACCAGGAGACUUUAAAGGAGUUUGGGGUUUCGGGAGCAGGGAAAUCACGGAUCCCUGCUCCUGGCCCUGGUCUCGCCGCGUCAUUGAUGGGCAACCAACUGGACCGCAUCACCCACCUCAACUACAGCGAGUUGCCCACAGGGGACCCAUCGGGGAUUGAGAAGGACGAGCUGCGGGUCGGGGUCGCGUACUUCUUCUCAGAUGAGGAGGAGGACCUGGACGAGCGCGGGCAGCCAGACAAGUUUGGCGUGAAGGCCCCCCCAGGCUGCACCCCCUGCCCAGAGAGCCCCAGCCGCCACCACCACCACCUGCUGCACCAGCUGGUCCUCAACGAGACUCAGUUCUCCGCCUUUCGAGGCCAGGAAUGCAUCUUUUCCAAAGUGAGCGGCGGCCCUCAGGGCGCGGACCUGAGCGUCUACGCGGUCUCUGCGCUGCCCGCGCUCUGCGAGCCCGGCGACCUGCUGGAGCUGCUGUGGCUGCAACCCGCGCCGGAGCCGCCCGCGCCCGCCCCGCACUGGGCCGUCUACGUGGGCGGCGGGCAGAUCAUCCACCUGCACCAAGGCGAGAUCCGCCAGGACAGCCUGUACGAGGCGGGCGCGGCCAACGUGGGCCGGGUGGUGAAUAGCUGGUACCGCUACCGCCCGCUGCUGGCCGAGCUGGUGGUGCAGAACGCCUGCGGCCACCUGGGCCUCAAGAGCGAGGAGAUCUGCUGGACGAACUCGGAGAGCUUCGCCGCCUGGUGCCGCUUUGGCAAACGGGAGUUCAAGGCGGGAGGGGAGGUGCCGGCCGGCACGCAGCCCCCGCAGCAGCAGUACUAUCUCAAGGUGCACCUGGGGGAGAACAAAGUCCACACGGCCAGGUUUCACAGCCUGGAAGACCUCAUCCGCGAGAAGCGCCGCAUCGAUGCCAGUGGCCGCCUGCGAGUGCUCCAGGAGCUCGCUGACCUCGUGGACGACAAGGAGUAGCCGCGGAGGGGCUGCCUGCCCCGCCUGUCUCCCUGUACCCCGCUCCCUUCCCGUCCCCGCACCCGGCCUCGCGGCCGGCGAUUCCCGCCCCACACCCCCUAGCGCGUCCGCAGCCGGUGGCCCGUGCCCAGGCUGCACCCUCGCACCCCUCGGGCAAGUGACAGGAAGUCUCAGGAACUGACCCCUGGGGCGGAAAGGGCGCAGCCGCGCGCGCCCGGCUGAGAGCCCCGUUGGUGGUGACGGUGUUGGGAGACCCCGCGUGCGCUUUUCCCUUUGAGUUGUAAGGGGGUAAACGUGAAUGGGCUGAGGGGAGCAAGGACAUGGGCUCGCCCGCGAGUCGAUGGUCACUGACUGUCACCCGACAGGGACACAACCCUUUUCUAAAAAGGGACCAUUACCGUCCCAAAUGCGCACACACAGAUCGGUCCGAGGCGAGAAUUGGUCUUUUCAGGACACGGUUCAGCUCUUGUAUGGAUGUAUCCCCAGAUCGCAGGAUUUCCAAGAAAUCGAGCCUGCCCCUUGUGCCCUUGUGAAUAAUUCCACAAGAGAGCACCUCGGGACUCAGGGUUAUCCCGAGGCUGCCCGGGACCUUUCCAGCUGUCCAGCCCCAGGUCUCCGGACAUUGUGCUCCAGGCUCCGGGCCGAUCUAGCUAGUGUUUGCUUCCUGUUCCCUCCACCGAGGGAAGCGAACGCCACCCGGACCCGCAUUUUGCCCGUGAGUGUCCCCAGCUGGGAGGAGGGAAGCCUUCCCGGUCCCGGGAGGAAAAUGGCGCAGCUAAUUUGGUGAGGAGAGCCGGCCCCGCCCCCGAGAGGAGAUAGUUCGCCAGGUGUCUGGGAACUUGAACGUGGGAAGAAAGGCGCUUAGUGUUCUGAACCCUUGGGCUGCAUUUCAAAAACAGUCAUAUUUUUAAAGGGGGUAGAGGAGGGGGAGGGAGAGGACAUGGCAACAUUCCAGAAACCAGCAUUAUUACAACACCAUAGCCAGUAUGUUUAGUUUGGCUUUUCCUAACAUAGAAAUCUUAGAAGGUGGGGGAAGUGGAAAUAAAGUUUUAAGAAAGAGAGAGCAGUUUUCCAACUAUGUCAACAAAGCCUAUCGUGUUGAUGUUUUUAUUGACCAUUUUAGCAACAUGCUAAUAAAAUUUCAAAUUGAAAUUUUUAUUUUCAUGGCUUUAAUCCAUGAUAGUUUAAAUACUGGGGGCCAUUAAGAGUGGAUUUAGCUAAGAGCUUAGCUAACAUUGCCUUUUCACUCUAUUUUUCUCAAAUCGUAUGAGAAUUCUGUUUUUGACUAUUGUAGUUAAUUUUUUGGCUUUAAACAGCAGCCCUAGUAAUGGUGGAGUUCUUAAUCAAUGUGUAUAUUGUACUGAAUUUCUGUCAGUUAAAGGGUUUACUGCUUUGGGGAAAAUUGCUAGCAGGUUCCAUGAUGUUUCUUUUCUUCAUGUUGUAUGUCAUUCUUAUUUCACAUUUUUCUUCCUCUCCUACUGAUCUCCUUAAAAAGAAAUCUAGAGUUGGUGGCUUUAUUCCCCUCCUCCUUGGCAAGUCCUACAGCUCAGUUCUGCCUAAAAACAGGGAAGAACUUGUAGGAUCAGGACAAAUAUGUGUUUUUCAAAAAAAUUAAGGCUGGGUGACACCCCUUCCUUGGGCAAGGAUUUCCAAACUUCCCUCCUUGUGCUGCAGGCCCAGCCUGACUUAUUGUUACUUGAUUCAGUGUGUUAGACACUUAUAGCAUCUAUAUGUCUCUUUCAAGGGAAUUUGUCAAAUAAUGCUGUUUAGCUAAUUGUUGCAAGCAAUUGCAUAUUGACAGCUGUGAUUUAGUUGGACAGCAAAUAUGGCCAAAGCCAGUUUCUUGGCAUUUCAAAUAUAAUGCAAUAAAAACUAGUCGAGGUUAGCUGAGACUGGAAAUGCCUUUUUCAUGGUAAACGAUUCAUUUCUUUUGUUUUUUUUCUUUUCUUUUCUGGUUUUCAUCCUGGAUUCAUGCCCUGACCUUGAAUCAAAAGGUCACAUCAAUGAAAUAUGAACUAAAGUAUUUUUCUUAAGCCUAUUGAGUGAUUUAUUUUUUAACAAAUGUUUAAAUGCAUAUGCUUUUCUUUCAGCACAAACAACAGCAAAAUUUUGUAAUAACUAACUUACUUUUGCAUGUAUGGAGGACUGAAAGUCAUUUAUUUCCCUAACUUAUUCCUCUUUCGAAUAACAGAUGGCAGAUCAUAAACCGAAAUUCUUUAUUGUAUCUACACACUCCACAUUCUUUACUGUGUCCCACUACUGUAUCUCGGCUCCCUGCUGUAUUAAACACCAUCUUAAGCA